AUGCCUCCAUCCCUCUCUCGAGACGCAGCUUCAUGCAGACUUCCGGCUGGCGAGACAGGGGGAGAAGCGCGCGCGGCUCCUCCGGGCCGGGACAGUUCGGAAACUUCGUCCAAAUCCAGCACAGAUGGAGAGCAACAGCAGCCUGCGCAGAAGAAAAUGCGCAAGGUGGAUAUAGAGCCGCCUCAGAGGUUCAGAUCUGCGGCUAGUGUCGCGCCCCCAAGACGCCCUGUGGCAGUCAAAGCUCCUGCCAAACCUCUUCGUCCAACUGGAGCCGCAACAGUUGCCGUUGCCCCCGCAAGAGGUGACCAGAGAAAACCAAUUGCAGCAGUCCCUAAAGCUGCUGCAGGUUCAGGUGCGUCACGGAGGCCAGGAUGGGACCUGAAGGGCAAAGUGAGUGACAUGGAGAACAAAGUCCAGAACUACCAGGGCAAAAUCAAAUCUGCAAAUCAGGAAAAUGAAUAUCUGAAAGACUCCAUAACCAAAGCCCAAAAGCAUAAGGCUGAAAUCGAACAGGAGAACAGCGGUCUCAAAAAGCGUCUCAGGAAUUGUGAAGAGGAGCUGGUAAAGCUGGCUACUGUUAAAGAUGAUCUGGAGCAAACCUCUAAAGAGAGAGAUGGUCUUAAGAAAGACCUCAACAAGCUAGCCGAGGAGCAUAAGGUUUUGGAAGGACUCCGGGACCAUUUGGAGUCUGAGCUCCGCAAUAUACAGACUCAGCUCGCCAUUCAGACCUCUGCACUGGGCCGGUGUCAGGACAGUUUGAAGGAGAGCCAAGAACUGGCCAGGAACCUUGAGGAGACAGUGGCCCAUCAAAGAGAAGAGCUCCACCUUGGAGAAAUGGAGCGAAGGAAACUCCACAACGCCAUUCAAGAGCUCAAAGGCAACAUCCGAGUCUUUUGUAGGGUCCGCCCACUGUUGACCGGCAAUCAGUCUGAUAUUCUGCACAUCCAGCUGCCGGCCCAUGACAACAAGGCUCUUACGCUUGCCAAAAUGGAAGAGUCGCACACAGGUCGCACGGCUGACACUCAGAAGAGCUAUAACUUCAGCUUCGACCGUGUGUUUGGACCACGUGCUGUUCAGCGUGAGGUUUUCGAAGAGAUCUCCCUGCUGGUGCAGUCUGCUCUGGAUGGGUACAACGUUUGUUGCUUUGCUUAUGGCCAAACUGGCAGCGGGAAGACCUUUACUAUGGAAGGGAGCGAUCUGGAGGAAUUGUGGGGAGUCAUUCCACGUGCUGUCCAGCAAAUCUUCAAGUCUGCCAAAGCACUCCGUGAGCAAGGAUGGCAGUACACCUUCACUGCCAGCUUUGUGGAGAUCUACAAUGAGACUCUUCGAGAUCUUCUCUACACAGGAAAGCCAAACAAGAGACCGGAGCAUGAGAUCAGGAAGAUCUCCAGCAAUGAAAUCACAGUUACCAACCUGACCUACCAAAAAGUCAACAAUGAGGAUGAGGUGCACAACUUGAUCAUGUUGGCAAACCAGAACCGGUCCACAGCCCGCACAGGCAUGAACGAUCACUCUUCACGUUCUCACUCUGUGUUCCAGCUAGACAUAGAGGGGCAGAACUCUGAUCGAGACACCAAGUGCAAGUUGAUGAGCCUCAUUAUGAUGCCAAGUGGAUAA